AUGGACACCAAAGAUACGCCUUUCCCUCCAGCGGGCGAUCUCCCCCUUCAUCGCAACGCGCCCCUUGCGCCCACACAAGAGCUCGCCUACCGCAAGAAAUGUAUCGAGCUCAAGCGGCGGCUUGCUGAGAUCGAGACCAACAAUGAUGCUACCCGAAAGAGAAUAAUCCAAGAAACGGAACACGUCCAGAAGAUGCGCCUGCUGCGCGCCAUCCUUCUCAAUCACCUGCAGGACAUUAUGACUGCUCCAGCCAAGAAGUUGACCCCCGAACAACUCGAUAAGAUUGGAGUUCUGGCAAAUGGCAGCGGUAGUCUGGCCGAGCUGGCUGGUAGCAGCGUGGCACCUGAGUUGCAACGCAGGAGACCUGAUGGGGAAGGUUUACUGGACGACAGCUCCGAAGCGAGUGAUGAAGAUGAACCCGAGCCCGUCGAGCGACCUGAGCGACGGAGGAGAACCAACAACACGUACCGAGAGGCUAUCAUGAACACGACCACGCCUGGAGAGGCCGCACCGAACAUGUAUCAACAAACCACGUUGCCCAACCUUGCUCCCGCGAGCUCUUUCUCCCCAGUCCCUCCUCACGAUCCCGCUACACUUACCUCGUCCUUCCGUAUCAACUCCUCCACUCCACAAGCACCUGCAAACCCCGGAUCCCAGCAACAAUUUCCUGACGCGUCAUAUCCGCAAUCAUCUCCUAUUCCAGGCAACCAGCACCUGCCAGCGCCCUACGAGUCGCCGAGUCAGCAACGACCACCAAGCCUACCCGCUGCACCAGAAGUCGGUGCGAACGGUGUUGCGCGCUCAUCAGGAGCACCGGUACGCCCAGAACGACCAGAAGCACCCUAUGUGCAAUUUACAAUGCACAUGAGACCACAGUUAGAAGCUGAUGAUUACCCUCCUGAGCAAAUUCCUGCUCGUAUCCAGGCAGAAUGGGAUGGCCUUAGUGCGGACAACAGGAAGCUGUGGGACGACCGCUAUGAAGACCAGAUGAAAGAAUAUACGGUCGCCAUGGAUGCUUGGAAGCGUGCUAGUAGGAGAGAGCCAUCAGGCAGUGGAUUUUCCUCCAACUCAUAG